AGCCAGCGCUGCCGGUAGUGAAAGAAAAAAAAAAAAACGCCACUCGCAAGUCAGCGGAGCAGAAGCGCGCGGAACCGGACUCGCUCCACGACGCUCUCCCUUGCAGUCACACCGCAGUAUCGUCUCUGACCGUAACAACAAAAAGAUGCCGCUGGGCGAAGACUGCCGUAGCUGGAAGAAGAAGACGUCGGAUGUGAAGGAGCAUUACGACUUCAAGGACAUCCUGGGAACGGGAGCAUUCUCUGAGGUGGUCCUGGCAGAGGAGAAGCGGACCCAAAGAUUGGUGGCCAUCAAGUGCAUCCCCAAGAAGGCGUUGGAGGGCAAAGAAAACAGCAUCGAGAAUGAGAUCGCAGUCCUGCACAAGAUUAAACACGCCAACAUUGUUUCUCUGGAAGAAAUAUUUGAGAGCAAAUCACACCUCUACCUUGUCAUGCAACUGGUGUCAGGUGGGGAACUUUUUGACCGCAUCAUCGAGAAAGGCUUCUACACAGAAAAAGAUGCCAGUAAGCUCAUCCAGCAGAUUCUGGAUGCUGUCAAAUAUCUCCACGACAUGGGAAUCGUCCACCGAGACCUCAAGCCAGAGAACCUGCUCUACGACAGCAUGGACCAGGACUCCAAAAUAAUGAUCAGCGACUUUGGCCUGUCUAAAAUUGAGGGCUCCGGCAGUGUGAUGUCCACAGCCUGUGGAACUCCUGGAUAUGUCGCCCCGGAGGUUCUGGCACAGAAACCCUACAGUAAAGCAGUGGACUGCUGGUCGAUCGGAGUCAUUGCCUACAUCCUGUUGUGUGGCUACCCUCCGUUUUACGACGAGAACGACGCCAAACUGUUUGAGCAGAUCCUGAAGGCAGAGUACGAGUUUGAUUCUCCUUACUGGGAUGACAUUUCAGAUUCAGCGAAAGACUUUAUCGUCCACCUGAUGGAGAAGGACCCCGGCGUACGUUACACCUGCGAGCAGGCCCUGCAGCACCCGUGGAUUGCCGGGGACACGGCGCUGGACAAGAACAUCCACGAGUCCGUCAGCGCGCAGAUCAAGAAGAACUUUGCUAAAAGCAAGUGGAAGCAAGCCUUCAACGCCACGGCAGUGGUCCGCCACAUGAGGCGUCUUCAGCUGGGCACCAACCAGGACGGACCCCACCAAGCGAACCUCCCGAGCCCGUGUCGAGAUCACCGACUGCUGCCGGGUGAAGACCCUCAACUUGCAGAGUCUUGCUCCGAGGCGGGCUGCUCCCAGGCCGUGGACGACGACGGCGUGGACCCUCUGUCCAACUGCAGCUACCGCUGCCACCCGACUAGUCGGGUGUGAUCCCCGCGCCGCCUAACUGCCUCAUUGACCCCAGUGAUUUUUUUCUCCAUUUUUUAACUCCCUCGGUGGAACCGGAGGUAGCGACUCCCCCCCGUCUCCCCCGUCCUCACGUCUUGGUCGGGAGUAAGCCGUGGUUCCAUUCUGUCGCCUGCAGGGGGAGCGGGUCUGUCCGGCCUGGGAAGGGAGGCAGGAGAUGGGAAGAUGGUGACGGCUAUGACGACUCGUCGUGGUGGCCGGGCUGGGAGUUUGUGCAAAAGGAAGGCGGGGGAAAGAUUGUUUAUUUCCGAAGCGGGACGGAGCUGAGACUAUUUUAAUGCGGCCUGCGCUAUUGUGGCUAUUUGUUUCGUGCAUGAUCAAGGAGAGGAAGUCCCCGAGCAUGUUUUUCUUAUCUUCUCAAAUAUGCCCUGCUUUUUUGCGUCUUGGAUGGGAGCCUUUGAAUGUACCGCACCCGAUGGAAGUGACCGCAAAGCGAGCACGGAUCUGUCCGAGAACACAAUCGGUGACCUUUAUGCAAAAUUCCAUCGUUAGCAUGUAGCCUUUUAUGAAAUGGUGUUUUUUUCCGUGCAGCUGUGGAAAAGGCUUCCCCCUUUCCGCUUUCUCUCGUCCUCUUUAACCGCGCCAGCGCAGGGAUCUCAUCUUCGUCUACGGUGCCUUUAGUGUGCGAAGGGUUUAUCGUCACGCGGGUUGUCUUUCUUGCACAAUCCCCCGUAUGUUUUGUAACAAUCACGUUUGUAACUUCGCCCGCCAGAGGCUAGUUUUACCUUUACUUUUUAAAUAUAAGCUGAUUUUUAAUGUCGUUUUAAGCCUAAAGUUAAAUAAUGUGUGGAUGCAAAAAAAAAUUCAUAUAUAUGCAUCUGUCGCUGUGUACUGUAACUAUCCUGCCAUCUUUUCCUUUUACGUUCUUCACUCUUUUUGAAAUAUGCACCUCGCGCAAGAAUCUCGCAGUGUAAAUAGUUAAGUACCGUAUUUUCCGGACUAUAAGCCGCACCCACCAAAAUUUUGAAGAAGUACAUAUUUUUAAAUAUAUAAGCCGCACCUGACUAUAAGCCGCCCAUAUAUACUGGUAGGAAAUGUCCUGUAAAUGUUUAUUUACACACAUUAAUUGUUUCCAAACGGAAUCAGUGACAGGGCAGUAAAAAGGCCGAUCAAACAAAACAGAAGUCAUCGUCAAAACCAGCUCUCCAAUCGGCUUAACACACUGGAUAACUCCACGGUCAUGUUUUGGUGAGUUUACUAAGGAACUUGUGAAACUGAAACAAUACAGAAAAAAUGCCGUAAAGUUAAUAGUACUAACACAGACACGUAAAAUACUCAAAAUAUAGUAGAACAUCCUAGGACAUCCUUAAACACAACCAUGUAAAAAAAUCCUGGGUACAUGUAAGACACUAUGGAAUAUUGUGGAACAUCCUAGGACAUCUUUAAACACAACCAUGUAAUAUAUCCUGGUACAUGUUAGACACCGUGGAAUAUUGUAGAACGUCCUAGAACUUCUUAAAACACAACAAUGUAAGACAUCACCUUAAUUGUUUCCAAAUGGAUUCCGAAACAGGGCAGUAAAACGGCCGAUCAAACAAAACAGAAGUCAUCGUCAAAGCUCGCUCUUCAUUCGGCUAAACAGACUCAAUAAUACCAAGAUGAUGUGUUGGUGAGUUUACUAACGAAUUUGUGAAACCGAAACAAUACGGAAAAAAAUGCCAUGAAGUUAAUAAUACUAACAUAGACACUCGUAAAAAACUCGGAAUAUUGUAGAACAUCCUCGAACAUCUCAAAACACAACAAUGUAAUACAUCCUUAAGCAUAACCUUUUAAAAAAAUCCUGGUACAUGUUAUACACCGUGGAAUAUUGUAGAACAUCCUAGGACCUUUUAAAACACAACAAUGUAAGACAUCACCUUAAUUGUUUCCCAACAGAGUCCGUGACAGGGCAGUAAAACAGUCGAUCAAACAAAACAGAAGUCAUCGUCAAAGCUAAUACUUCAAUCGGCUAAACAUACUGUAUAACUCCACUGUGAUAUUUUGGUGAGCUUACUAAGGAAUUUGUGAAACAGAAAGAAUGCCAUAGAGUUAAUAAUAUUAACACAAACACUCGUAAAAGUGUUAGCACGCUAACUACGCUCACUUGAUUACAUUACAAAAACCUUUGCAAAUAUGCAUAAUAAAACACUCCCGCAGACAUCACACAUGGGAUGGUUUAGUAGCAUUGUUGUAGUUAUAUUGUAGUUUAAUAGAAUUGUUGUAGUUAUAUUGUAAAACUUACAAACCUUGCUUGGCGCGAUGAAUGAAAAAUGCAUGAGUAGGAAUGCUAUGGACAGGAAGUACAUUGUCAACCUGCAGUGAGCGACUUCGUCCAAAAGAUGGCGCCGUAGCACAAACAAUGACACACCUUUUCAGCGUCUCUGUAAGCGGUAGAAAAUGGAUGGAUGGAUGGAUGGAUGUUGGUGUGAUAUGAAAACUAUUUGGUAAAAACAAAACUUAGAAAAACGGAAGAAAACCCCAUAAAUUAGCCACACCGUUCUAUAAGCCGCAGGGUUCAAAGUUUAGGGGAAAAGUAGCGACUUAUAGUCCGGAAAAUACAGUAAGUUAUUAUGGUCUUGUGUUGAGAGCAGAGAGGGACUUUAAUGCAUGUUGUAAUACUUUAAAAAUGGUACGAAUGUUCUAGAUCAGUGGUUCUCAAACAUUUUUCACCAAGUACCACCUCAAAAAACACGCUCACACCACCAUAAUGACCAAUAUUAAAAUCCAGUAGCGUAGUAGGCCUAAGUAUUGAUUAAAAACAAGUACAUGUAAUAUGUUUGGCCACUGUAACAUCACACACAGUUUGAACAGCAAUACUGUGUUUGGAUAUUUAAUUACAUUAAUUGCUCGUGGCACUGGUGGUCCACGCACCACAGUUUGAGAAUCACUGAAUCACAGCAAACACCUGUGGUACUCAUGUGGCGGUGUGCAAACAAACUGUGAUCCAUAAGGGUCGGAGAACUACCAUGGAACCUCUCAAGUCGGACACCCUCAAAAGUGCCACAAGUCCAAGUUCAAACACAAAAGAAACCCUCAACCCUAACUUGGAGUUCAAUUCAUAAUUAUCGGUGACAUCUGCAAAUCACAUUAGACUUCAAAUAUUACAGAGUUUCUAUAGAGUUACGUGCACAAGCAAUACCUAUAAAACACCACCAGGUGGCAGUAUUGCUCUCAAAACACCUUCCUGUUUGAAACAUGUCUCUCCUCAAAGGGUGUGUCAUUAGUUGGGCUGGGGAUUUUUAGGCACCACACGAUUCGAUUCUUAGGGGUAACAAUUAAUUGAUUUUUGAUCGUUUUAAUCAUUUAAGAAUCGUGAUUCAUUCGGAGAAAACAAACAAACAAGGCAAUACCUAUAAAAUACCACCAGGUGGCAGUAUUGCUCUCCAAACGCCUUCCUGUUUGAAACAUGUCUCUCUUCAAAGGAUGUGUCGAUAGUAGAGCUGGGGAUUUUGGGGCACCACACUAUUUGAUUCUUAGGGGUAACGAUCGAUUUUUGAUAGUUUAAGAAUCGUGAUUAAUUUAGGGAAAAAAAACAAGCAAUACCUAUAAAACACCACCAGGUGACAGUAUUGCUCUCCAAACACCUUCCUGUUUGAAACAUGUCUCUCUUUAAAGGCCUAUUGAAAUUAGAUUUUCUUAUUUAAACGGGGAUAGCAGGUCCAUUCUAUGUGUCAUACUUGAUCAUUUCGCGAUAUUGCCAUAUUUUUGCUGAAAGGAUUUAGUAGAGAAAAUCGACGAUAAAGUUUGCCACUUUUGGUACUUCCUGAAAAAGCCUCGCCUUUACCGGAAGUCGCAGACGAUGACGUCACAAGUGUGGGGGCUCCUCACAUAUUCACAUUGAUUUUAAUGGACCCUCCAACAGAAACAGUUAUUCGGACCGAAAAAACGACAAUUUCCCCAUUAAUUUGAGCGAGGAUGAAAGAUUUGUGUUUGAAGAUAUUGAUAGCGACGGACAAGAAAAAAAACAAAAAAAAAACGCGAUAGCAUUGGGACGUAUUCCGAUGUUUUUAAACACAUUUACUAGGUUAAUUCUGGGAAAUCCCUUAUCCUUCUAUUGUGUUGCUAGUGUUUUAGUGAGUUUAAUAGUACCUGAUAGUCGGAGGGGUUUGUCGACGGGUGUCUUGAUGCCAAUGUCUCAGGGGUGUCGACGGCAGCUGUACGGACGACACAAGCUCAGCUGAUAUCCGGUAAGUGGAGACUUUUUAACCUAAUUUUCUCACCGUAACCUGCGGGUUGACAUUCGGUUGGGAUCCAUGUUCGCUUGACCGCACUCUGAUCCAUAGGAAAGUUUCAGCUCUGGGAAUUUUAAACAAGGAAUCACCGUGUGUUUGUGUGGCUAAAGGCUAAAGCUUCCCAACUCCAUGUUGCUACUGUGACUUCUCCAAUAUUAAUUGAACAAAUUGCAAAAGAUUCAGCAACACAGAUCUCCAAAAUACUGUGUAAUUAUGCCGUUAAAGCAGAUGACUUUUACCUGUGUGUGUGCGUAGCGCUCAUACUUCUUUAAAACGCGUGACGUCCUGCGUACACGUCAUCAUUACACGACGUUUCCAAGACGAAACUCCCGGGAAAUUUUAAAUUGUAAUUUGGUAAACUAAAAAAGCCGUAUUGGCAUGUGUUGCAAUGUUAAUAUUUCAUCAUUGAUAUAUAAACUAUCAGACUGCGUGGUGGGUAGUAGUAGGUUUCAGUAGGCCUUUAAAGGGUGUGUCAUUAGUUGGGCUGGGCACCACACGAUUCGAUUCUUAGUGGUAACAAUUAAUCGAUUUGGUUUAAUCGUUUCAGAAUCGUUACAAGUAAGAAUCGCGAUUCAUUCAUAAAAUAUAUAUUUAUAUAUAUAUGUAUAUUGGAAAACAAACAGGAAGUCGACCAUCUUGGCUACCGUCUGUUAUUUCUCGGCCAAAGACCAGGGUAGGACUUCAACAAACUCCUCCUCGGGACUUUGACCAGAUGUGCCGCGGUUGGAAUGACGGACACUAUACAGAUGGGCGAUUAAAAAUUGCGAAGGAGUUCCGCCGACGCCAUAGAAUGUGGGCGUGGCAUGGCGUCUAAAUUAGAUCUGAUGGUUCGCCUGUCUAUCUGUGUUGGCCCUGCGAUGAGGUGGCGACUUGUCCAGGGUGUACUCCGCCACCCGCCCGAAAUGCGGCUGAGAUAGGCUCCAGCACCCCCCGGCAACCCUGAACUGGAAAAGCGGUAGGAAAAUGGAUGGAUGGAUGGAUGGAUGGGUUUGCCACAGAACUUUCAACAUUUAUUACUCAGCUCAAUUCCGAUCUUGAUCGGAAUUGGUACACACGCGACACCCCAAAGUUGUAUACUGGACUCGGUACCUAGUAGUAUCCGUCGGUAGUGGGCGGAAAAAACUUCCCCAUAACCAUCAAACGGUCUUUACCGCACUUGAGAUGAUAUGAACUACCAAUAUCGCCCCCUUGUGGUGGAAAACUGUUAAUGGUCGUAACUUCCCUCCACAUGUUCCGAUCUUCCUGGGAUUUUGGAUGAUGAGUCUAAACACCGGGAAGGACUUGACUGCAUUCUACUUGAUUUAGUUGCAAAAUAUACAGCAGGUUACUACGAAUGUAUUUAUUGGCUUGUGUAGGUUUUUAAAAAAAUCUAGUCUUAACACAAGAAUUGUGAACAACUUGGAGUAUUAUAGGAUGCCUUGUGCAUGACUAUGGAGGUUCCACUGUAAGUUUUCAGACACAUGAAAAAGUCUUAACUUGAUGGCACCGCUUUAAGAUAUAUAGAUAUAUACAUUUUUCACGGUAUAUGUUUUAAGCUUUACUCGGCAUUUCUGUAGGAUAACUGGUCGUGUAGUCGGACUGCAACUGUGAAGUUGUUCAACUGUAACUUUUCAGGGUUUUCCAGUGAUUCAGUCAAUAUGGUGUUUGAAAAUACUCAACUGGCGACAUUUUCUUGAUAAACCACGUGGUUUAGUAACAACUCGGGAUGGGAAUUGCUAAGAGUUUUCCAGUUCCGGUUUUGCUUAACAAUUUCGGUUCCUUAACGGUUCUCUUAUCGAGUUUUAUUCGGGGGAAAAAAAGAGGGUGGAUUAGCCUCAAUCGGGUCGGGUUCAGAGGUAACAUGACCUUAAGGCAGUGGUUCUCAACCCUUUUACAGUGAACAUUGUUUUAAUUCAAGUACCCCCUAAUCAGAGCAAAGCAUUUUUGGUUGAAAAAAAAAGAUAAAUAGGUAAAAUACAGAACUAUGUCAUCAGUUUCUGAUUUAUUAAAUUGUAUAACAGUGCAAAAUAUUGCUCAUUUGUAGUGGUCUUUCUUGAACUAUUUGGAAAGAAAUAUAUAAAAAUAACUAAAAACUUGUUGAAAAAUAAACAAGUGAUUCAAUUAUAAAUAAAGAUUUCUACACAUAGAAGUAAUCAUCAACUUAAAGUGCCCUCUUUUGGGAUUGUAAUAGAGAUCCAUCUGGAUUUAUGAACUUAAUUCUAAACAUUUCUUCACAAAAAAAGAAAUAUUUAACAUCAAUAUUUAUGGAACAUGUCCACAAAAAAAUCUACCUGACAACACUGAAUAUUGCAUUGUUGUUGUUUUUUUUCCCGCAGUUUAUGAACUUACAUUCAUAUUUUGUUGAAGUAUUAUUCAAUAAGUAUAUUUAUGAAGGAUUUUUUAAUUGUAUCCCUUAGCAUAUCUUCAAGUACCCCCAGGGGUACACAUACCCCCAUUAGAUAACCACUACCUUAAGGAACCUAAAGUGAGGUCACGUACGUAGUUCAGAAGAAAAAAAUGGUAACUUUGCUCUGACUACAUUGAGCGUUCACCUACCGGAAAUCAGGAGCACCGUGGCAAAACUGUGAAAGCUUUCGAGCACAACCCAAAAUGUUGAAAGAGCCAUAUUGGAGCAAAAUUACAAAAACUAAUCUGUCUGGAGCCGCCAAAAAAAUAAAAAAGCCUUAUAUAACCGUUAGAGGGCUUCACGGUGGCAGAGGGGUUAGUGUGUCUGCCUCACAAUACGAAGGUCCUGCAGUCCUGGGUUCAAAUCCAGGCUCGGGAUCUUUCUGUGUGGAGUUUGCAUGUUCUCCCCGUGAAUGCGUGGGUUCCCUCCGGGUACUCCGGCUUCCUCCCACUUCCAAAGACAUGCACCUGGGGAUAGGUUGAUUGGCAACACUAAAUUGGCCCUAGUGUGUGAAUGUGAGCGUGAAUGUUGUCUGUCUAUCUGUGUUGGCCCUGCGAUGAGGUGGCGACUUGUCCAGGGUGUACCCCGCCUUCCGCCCGAUUGUAGCUGAGAUAGGCGCCAGCGCCCCCCGUGACCCCGAAAGGGAACAAGCGGUAGAAAAUGGAUGGAUGGAUGGAUAACCGUUAGAAUGAAAGCAGCACAUGAUGUAAGUGUCUAUUUUAGCUAUAUUAGCCUGAAAUCCAGGAAAAUUGGGAGGGUUGGCAAGUAUGGGACACACACAUCUAUACCUUUAGAAUUUCUAAGACCUCUGAAAAGCUUCCGUUUUACUAAUGUUUUGCAAUGUUGUAAAAAUGUAUAGAAUAAAUAAUAUCUGUGUAAGCCAUUAUCAUAAUGGUUUUAUGCUGUGCAUUCACGCACAGCAUAAAACGUUUGGUGGACAAAAUGAGACAAAGACGGAGUGGCAUAAAACACGCUUUUCUGUGGCAGCGUUGGAGAAAGUCGUACAUGUAAACAAACUACCAUGCUUUCAUUAACGUGGACCCCGACUUAAACAAGUUGAAAAAUGUAUUUGGGUGUUACCAUUUAGUGGUCAAUUGUACGGAAUAUGUACUGAACUGUGCAAUCUAUUAAUAAAAGUUUCAAUCAAUCAAUCAAAACGGUGAGUUUAAUGACCGUCGAAAUUAGUAGGACAGAACGUGGCCUGCCAAACACUCUCAUCAGUGAAGCAUGUUUAAUAUAAACAGUGGGUUUUGUAACAACUAGGGAGGUCUGUGUUAUGUCUGUCCUUCUAGAGGAGGGGUCAGCAACCCGCGGCUCUGGAGCCGCAUAGCGCCGCCCUAGUGGCACUCUGGAGCUUUUUCAAAAAUAUAUGAAAAUGCAAAAAGAUGAGGGGGGAAAAACAUUUUUUGUUUAAAAAUGGUUUAUGGAGGAGGACAAACACAAACCAUCCUAUUUGUUAUAAAGCACACUGUUUAUAUUAAACAUGCGUCAUGGAUUCGAGUAUUUGGUGAGCGCCGUUUUGUCCUACUAAUUUUGGCGGUCCGUGAACUCACUGUCGUUUGUUUACAUGUAUAACUUUCUCCGACUUCCUAAGACGUGUUUUAUGCCACUUCUUUUUCCGUCUCAUUUCGUCCACCAAACUUUUAACGUUGGGCUUGAAUGCAAAAAGGUGAGUUUUGUUGAUGUUAUUGACUUAUGUGGAGUGCUAAUCAGACAUAUUUGGUCACUGCAUGACUGCAAGCUAAUCGAUGCUAACAUGCCAUUUAGGCUAGCUGUAUGUACAUAUUGCAUCAUUAUGCCUCAUUUGUAGGUAUAUUUGAGCUCAUCUAGUUUCAUUUAAGUCCUCAUAAUUAAAUUUAUAUCUCAUGACACACUAUCUGUAUGGAAUAUGGCUUUUAUUUUUUUGCGGGUCCAGACAGAUUUUUUUUUGUAUUUUUGGUUCAAUAUGGCUUUGUCAACAUUUUGGGUUGCCGACCCCUGUUCUAGAGUAACAAUAUUAAAACAAAACAUUUUUUUUUUUUCUAUUUUCCCACAUUUUUGAAAAAGCUUCAGGGAGCGCCAUAUUGCGAUCAGAACCGUUAAGAGAACCGCUUGACAAAGAAAGCGAGCCAUUUUUUGAGGAAUUGAUACACGUCCGAUUCCCAUCCCUAUUGACAAGGAAAGACUCUCUCCAACUGUUCUGAACUUCUGUUUCCGUGCACGUUGAGCAGGAUAAGCCAUUGCAGUCGCCAACCUGCUUGAAACGAUGCCAAAUUGACCCGAUUUCAAUUGAUAAAUGAUUCUAAUAAAUGGCUAUCCAAAAAUGAGAGGUCAUCAGAAAGGGAAACUGUAAUGUUCUGACUGAGCUAGUUGGAAAGUUGUCCGCGCUGAGAACAUUCCUGGUCAUGAAACAAUCAAUAACCACGUAGCCAUGACCUCACCGCUCGAGUCUGCGGUAGGAAAGUCGACGGACGGGGAGAUGUUUUUACAAAUAUUUUCUGCUUUCAAUUAGAAAUGCUGUGAUUUGUUUUCUUUCGGGGCGGAAAAGACGUAAACAGCGUCCUCUCACUUCGGGUUUACGUUUCAAGGAUUUGUCGUGCAAACGUGUGAGUCAUGAAAAAUGUCGCCUUUUUCUUUCAACGGUGUUUUGAGCUGUACACACGGAUGCAAUGCAUCGUGGGCUGUGGGGGAAAAAGUGGCUGUACGUGAAACACAUUAAACUGGUCUAUGCAGUA